AUGCAACCAUUUCUAGAUGCAGUUGAAAGCAUUGCUCCAAUUUCCCUUUUGAGGGCGAAUUCUGGUCCAAAUGCCUCUAAUCGAGAUGAUCAGGUAUCUGAAGACAUUCGCGAUCUUCUUCACAAUGAUAGCACUAACCUCGGAUUUUAUAUGCUACCUGCUCGUUCCCACCAAGUGGCUCUUUUUUUUUGGCAGCACUUGCGUCUGGAUGGAAAUGAACGCGGAGUAUGUGCGCCAACGGUUGCUAUGUGUUUCCUUUUCCUCUACGUGGAAUUGGCAAUACGUCUUCGCGACCCCAAAACGAUUCCCCUCAGCAUCGAUUUGUGUCGGCCAUUCGCCGCCCACUGGUAUGUCUCUUCAUCUAAAUCUUACGUUACUCAAUAUGCCCUUUCCUCUUAA